GAAACACAAACAUCUUUUGGUGGCCACACUAUUAAUCUAUCCUCUCAACUUUAGUACUUCCUAAUUUCAUUUCACACUAAUAAAACCAAAUCCAACCAUAAACACUUUUCUUACUUUAUUUUGUUUUAUUGUUUAAAACCUUCUUAUAAAACCAAACCAUACAUUUUUGUUCUUCCUAAUACCAUUAUUAUCAAUCAAUUAAACUUGCCAUCAAUUGAUCUCUGCUGCAAAAUCAAAGCAAUUUGUCCUAUUCCUGCUUUUAUACUCUCCCCUCCCCCAGUUCCAUUCUGCUAUUCGUUCAUGUCUCUGUCUCUCAGCUAGUACCCUCCAUAAUCCAUAAUUAACAGAGCCUAAUCCAAGCACUAAUCUAAGUUUUCUUUUCUAUAUAAACUCCUUCUUUUAACUUUGUUCAAUCACUACACUUGUCCAUUUUAGCAACGCGUGUCAAACAAUAGCAUUGCAUAAUAACUUUCACAUUUUCCUUUUCAUUUUUAUGAAAUGAAAAAUUCCAAUUGAAAGGGUAAAAAAGAGAAAACGAUAAAAUACAACUGAUCAAAUCAAUGAAUGAUAACAAUAUUGUGCCGAAGCACGAGCGCCGUUGGGCGUCAGAUACUGUUCCCGGAAAAGCAACUGUCAGCGCCGGAACAUCGCCGGGAACAGAGUCAAGUUUUGGCGCCGAUGAGUUUGUUGAAGUCACUCUCGAUCUUCGAGACGAUGACACAAUCGUUCUUCGUAGUGUUGAGCCAGCUGUUAUCAAUAUCGACGAUUCCGUCGCCGGAAGCGGUUACGAUACUCCGGUGUCUGUUCCUUCGCCGUCGAUCCGAAGAACCUCUUCGAGAGGAUUCCGGCAUUUCUCACAGGAACUGAAAGCCGAAGCGGUUGCUAAAGCCAAGCAAUUCUCACAGGAGCUACGGCGAUUCUCGUGGAGUCACGGUCAUGCUUCACGCACUCUUUCAUCUUCCGCUGGUCAUACCGGAACCAGCGCCACCGCCGGCGGUGGUUUUGAAACGGCGUUGGCUGCAAGAGCUCUUAGGAAGCAACGCGCGCAGCUUGAUCGGACUCGCACCGGUGCUCAUAAAGCACUCCGGAGUUUGAAAUUCAUCAGCAGUAAAUCAAACGGCGUUGAUGCUUGGAACGAAGUGCUGAAGAAUUUCGAUAGACUUUCCAAAGACGGUUUUCUUCAUCGCGUCGAUUUCGGUCAAUGCAUAGGUAUGAAAGAUUCAAAGGAAUUUGCUCUGGAACUCUUUGAUGCUUUGGGUCGGAAACAAAGAUUGAAGGUCGAUAAGAUAAGCAAAGAAGAACUUUAUGAAUUCUGGUCGCAAAUUACUGAUCAAAGUUUUGAUUCAAGGCUCCAGAUCUUCUUCGACAUGGUGGACAAGAACGAAGAUGGAAGAAUCACCGAAGAAGAAGUAAAAGAGAUCAUCAUGUUAAGUGCUUCUGCAAAUAAGUUAUCUAGACUGCAGGAGCAAGCCGAAGAAUAUGCAGCUCUGAUUAUGGAAGAGUUAGACCCUGAGAGACUUGGCUACAUUGAGCUAUGGCAAUUGGAGACACUUCUUUUACAAAAGGACACAUAUCUCAACUACAGUCAAGCUCUAAGCUAUACAAGCCAAGCUCUAAGCCAGAACCUACAGGGGCUAAGAAAGAAAAGUCCUAUACGUAGGAUGAGCCGCAGAUUUCUUUACUAUUUGCAAGAGAAUUGGAGGAGAAUUUGGGUUUUAACAUUGUGGGUUUGCAUAAUGAUUGGGCUCUUCACGUGGAAGUUUUUUCAAUACAAGAAAAAGGAUGCUUUUCAUGUCAUGGGUUACUGUCUUCUCACAGCCAAAGGUGCAGCUGAGACCCUGAAGUUCAACAUGGCACUUAUACUCUUUCCUGUCUGUAGAAACACCAUAACUUGGCUCAGGUCUACAAAGCUGUCGUAUGUUGUACCUUUUGACGAUAACAUCAACUUCCAUAAGACAAUUGCUGGGGCAAUCGUGAUUGGUGUUAUACUUCAUGUCGGGGAUCACCUUGCUUGUGAUUUUCCAAGACUUGUAACUGUGUCUGAAGCUGAUUAUCAGAAGUAUUUGAAAGGUGUAUUUGGUCAUAACAGACCUAGUUAUAUAGACAUAGUUAAAGGGAUUGAGGGUGUCACUGGAAUUUUGAUGGUGGUUUUAAUGGCAAUUGCAUUUACCCUCGCAACAAAAUGGUUCAGGAGAAAUCUCAUUAAGCUGCCUAAACCAUUUAGUAGGCUCACUGGUUUCAAUGCUUUCUGGUAUUCACACCAUCUGUUUGUCAUUGUCUAUGUUCUGCUCAUCAUCCAUGGUGUAAAAAUGUACCUUGUGCGCAAAUGGCACUCUCAAACGACAUGGAUGUAUCUUGCGGUUCCAAUUUUACUCUAUGCGUCAGAAAGAACGCUCAGAUUAUUUCGUUCUGGUCUUUAUACAGUCCGUCUAAUAAAGGUUGCUAUUUAUCCUGGAAAUGUCCUCACAUUGCAAAUGUCCAAGCCUCCUCAAUUUCGCUAUAAGAGUGGACAAUACAUGUUUGUACAAUGCUCUGCCGUGUCUCCGUUUGAGUGGCAUCCGUUUUCUAUUACCUCAGCCCCUGGGGAUGACUUUCUGAGUGUUCACAUUCGGCAACUGGGUGACUGGACUCAGGAGCUUAAAAGGGUAUUUUCUGAGGCUUGUGAGCCUCCUGUGUCCGGGAGGAGUGGGCUUCUCAGGGCUGAUGAAACGACAAAGAAAAGUUUACCAAAGUUAAAGAUAGAUGGACCUUAUGGGGCGCCAGCACAAGACUAUAAAAAAUAUGACGUUUUGUUACUGGUUGGUCUCGGUAUAGGAGCAACUCCUUUCAUCAGCAUUCUGAAAGAUCUUCUCAACAACAUUAUCAAAAUGGAGGAGCUGGCGGAUUCAGUUUCUGAAACAAGUAGAGCUUCAGAUGUCAGUGUUGGGAGUACUGAUUCACCGUCGCUUAAUAAAAUUGCUCCUAAAAGGAAGAAAACACUGAAGACUACCAAUGCUUAUUUCUAUUGGGUUACAAGAGAGCAAGGCUCUUUUGAUUGGUUCAAAGGAGUCAUGAACGAAGUAGCUGAACUUGAUCAAAGGGGUGUCAUUGAGAUGCACAACUACUUGACUAGCGUAUAUGAGGAAGGAGAUGCUAGAUCGGCCCUUAUCACCAUGGUUCAAGCACUAAACCAUGCCAAAAAUGGAGUUGAUAUUGUUUCUGGAACCAGGGUACGGACACAUUUUGCUAGGCCUAAUUGGAAGAAGGUUUUCUCGAAAAUGUGUUCCAAGCACUAUAGUGGACGAAUAGGGGUGUUUUACUGUGGUGCACCGGUUUUGGCCAAAGAACUUAAUAAGUUAUGCUUCGAGUUCAACGAAAAGGGUCCAACAAAGUUUGAAUUCCACAAGGAGCAUUUCUAACUAAUUUGGAUGGAGCUGAGAUCAAUGGCCUUAUUAUAAGCUUAUGUCCAAUAAGCUAAAACAUUUUCUGUAUAGAAUGUGAAGCAUCGUACAUACCAGACGGCAAACUUGCUUGGCAUCUCAUCAUUCAUGUGGCUGCAAAGAAGAGAUAACUGCAGCUUAUGUAUUAUACAUUACACGUUGCAAACGUUGGAGACAUUGACCUAAUUGGAAGCUACAUUGAUUAUUGCAGAUAGAUCCGCAAUGAAAUGAAAUUGACAGUUUUGAGGAUAAAGAAUGAUAAAAGGAGGUAAGGGGACAAGGGAUUAGGUGUUUUCUUAAGCGUAACUUCCUCAUUUUCCUUCGAGUAAAUUCGAUGAAUACCAGAAAAAAUGAGGAUGAAAAAGGCCACUCUCACUUGCUUUUAUGAUCCUCUUUCUGUCUCUCAACAGAACCCUGAUUUUGGUUUGGCUUUUCUUUUGGGGAGAGUCUAUAUGUAUAUAAAUGAGACUAAUAUAGUGUUUUAUAUUUUCUUUUAUCAAGGUAACCAUUAGUGUUAUUCUUUUAUCUUUUGUAUCAUACUACACAUUAUUGGAUAGAUAUAGUGAAGAAUACAAAUUAAACAAAUGAGUUGAUGGACUGUUAGUGUGCUUCUCUGGUGAAA